AAUUUUCUUUUGGAUCGUAGCUUCAUUAAAAAUAGGAAUUUUAGGCUAUUAUUCGCAAAGAGAAAACACAAGUGUCAGGGCAUUGCAGCAACAGAGCAGCCGACCCGGCAGGGUUGAGUCUACACAGUUCUCAUGUCGUGUUUAAGGACAGCCCACUGCCUCUUACCCAGCUACAGUCAUAGAUUCAGACGUGUGUGAUUAGUGCUUACCGAGAGAUAGAGACAUGGCAGAAGUCGCUCCAGCCCCCGCUGCAACCGCCGCCCCGGCAAAGGCACCCAAGAAGAAGGCAGCCGCCAAGCCGAAGAAAGCCGGACCCAGCGUCGGUGAACUUAUCGUCAAGGCUGUGUCCGCUUCCAAGGAAAGGAGCGGUGUGUCACUAGCUGCUCUGAAGAAAGCCCUGACGGCCGGUGGAUACGAUGUAGAGAAGAACAAUUCACGCGUCAAGAUUACAGUUAAGAGCCUUGUCACAAAGGGUACCUUGGUUCAGACCAAGGGAACCGGCGCCUCUGGGUCUUUCAAGAUUAACAAGGCUACCGAGCCAAAGGCAAAGAAAGCCGCAAAGAAGCCCGCCAGUCCUAAGAAGGCAGUCGCAAAGAAGCCUGUUACAGCCAAGAAGCCCAAGAAGGCCGUUGCGAAGAAGCCUGCUGUCGCAAAGAAGUCUCCCAAGAAGGCUAAGAAGCCCGCGGCAGCCAAGAAGGCGACCAAGAGUCCCAAAAAAGCCAAGAAGCCCGCAACACCCAAGAAGGCAGCAGCUAAGAGCCCUAAGAAGGUGGCUAAGCCCAAGGCAGCCAAGCCCAAAGCUUCAAAGCCUAAAGCAGCCAAGCCUAAGGCAAAGAAGGCAGCCCCCAAGAAGAAGUAAACAUUUUCAGUAUCAUGUACUACAAAAAGGCUCUUUUAAGAGCCACCCACCUGUCCAUAAAAAGCGUAUCACCAUUUUGUUUGCAGCACACAGUUGACACAUAAGUCAAUUAGAAUUUGGCUGGCGCAUUGUCUUGAAAUAAUGUAGCCUAUCUGCUGUCGUUGACAGCAACCGGUUUGGCUGAUUUACCAUAAAACCCUUGCCGAUUGUCUACGAGUUUAGGACUAACUCGUGUCUAAGUGACAAUAGCCUAGCUAGCCUAUGUAAAGAGAUGGGUAACAUUCUUAUGUGGAUUAUGAGUUAGGCAUGGUACAUUCGGCGUAGGCUAGUAGCCUACUUUUCAAUGUCAUCCACUAGCCCGUUUUUAAAAAGUAUUGUAGACAUUUAACUGAAAUAUCUAAAACCAUUAAAUCUGCGCGCUUUUUUUCAGUAGCCUAAUGGAUUAUUAUAAUUGGCGCCCAAAAAUAUGACAAAUAGUUGGUCCCUCCU